CUUGUACAUUCUUACUUCUACUAGUACACAUGGUUCUGUCCAGGUUAUGCUUCAUGUCCAGCUAGUUGCAUUGUGGAGCUAAUUAACUUGUUGUAGUUGCUAUUCUGCUUCUGCUACUGCUAUUGUUUUUGCUUGUUGCAUUAUGGUUCGCUUCUACUGUUUUCAAGUGUAUUACUGAUGGGCAUUUGUCUGCUUUUGAUCAAUACAUUUGUGUAGUUCCAGUAGUGUUAGUUAUGGUUAACGUAUUCAUUUGAUGUUAACAGUUGUGGACACUUUCAUUUCUGAACUGGACUGUCUGCAUCUCCUUGUAAUUACCAAUUUUUAUUCUGUUUUGUCUGUAUCUCCUUGUCUGCAUUUUCUGUCCAACUUUGGUAUUUUGUUCCUUUGAAUCUUGCUUUGGAUGCUGUUGUUCUGUCCAGCAACUAUGCAGUUCUUUCCGUUACUUCCAUGUCACUUUUGUAAUGCUUAGGAGUCCAAGCACUUUUCUUACUGCUGCUACUGUCCAGUUCAGUUGCUGCCAAUCACCCUCUUUCGCAUGUGUUUCCCUCCCAUCUAUUACAUGGACUUGAAACAUGUGGUGUUUGUUAUGGCCCAAUCUGUCCAUUUUCUUUUAGCCCUUGGCUUAGAUCCUUAUAGCCACUUGGCUUAUUUACUUUUAGUUUACAAGUGCACCUUCAGCAAAGCGGCGGUGUGUGCGAGGGCCAACACGUGGAAAAAGAAUUAGAAGGAUAAUUGCUGAGAAUAAAGGGGAGAGGAUCUCAGCUUAUGUGAUGCCGAAAAUGAGAGCGUUUUGUGGAAUAAAUGCAAACAAGGUGGCGAGUGAACUAGGGACACAAAUUAAAUGGAUAUGUCCUAUUCAGGGAUUUUACUCCUCGUGGAAAAAUGUUGAUGAUUAGUUGAAACGUGCCAUUCUACAAGCUGUCCGGGUAAGAAUGUCGAAUUUGAAUGGUUACCAGCAUAACACCCUCAUAAUAUAAAGACUGCAGAUUGCAUUCUGUUAGUGAAUUCUCUCAUAUGUGUUUGUAGGACAAAUUUAAUGUCACCGAAAAUGACGUUGUGGGCACUAGGUUAGUUGAGCAACUUUUUCAAGAAAAGGCAAAUCUACUCUACAAAGAUUGAAAAUGGAGAAUGAACGAUUUCUAUACAAAGACAUUGGAUGCUGGCUUAGACGCAUAUCAGCAUCCUUUUCAAGAGAUGCCCAUAGAUGACUGGAAGUACAUGAUCGAUCAUGUAUUCAAGGAUCCAAAACGAGAGGCCUGCAAAAAAGCUGGCAAAUUAAAUAGGGAGGCUGUACUGUAUGGUCAUACUACGGGCUCUUGAUCCUUUGCUGCCAUGAUGACUAUUGUGGCUGAUCAUGAAAAACAAAGAAUUGCCAAGGAGGGAAAUGAUGAUGCUGGAAACGGUAAUGAGCCAAACAGUAAUGAGGGUAAUGAGGGAACAAAGAAGCUCGAUUUAUGCGAUUUGUUCGAGGCAUCACAUAGAUUGAGGGAUACAAAUGAACGGAUCAAUUCAACAUGCCAAGAGAAACAUAUGAUGGCGGUAAUACGUGACGAGGUAGCUCUAUCUGGCACUCCACUAUCAGUUGAAGAACUUUCAAUAAAGUGCCUCAGGGAGUCGAAGACAAAGAACUACAUAAGAGGAUUAGGGAAUGGGCCAAAGCCAUCUGCCUAUCUUUCCAAAUCCAACUCACAGUCAACACGCCAGGACCAGCUGCAAAAACUUCAACGUGAGUUGGAUUUAAUUCGUGAUGAGCAAAGAAGAGAGAGGGAAGAGGAGAAGACACAAAAGGAGGAGGAACAAAGACAACACAAGGAGGAACAAAGACGACGUGAGGACAAGUAUGAGGAGGAGAAAAGGCGGUGGGAGGAGACCCAAAGGCGACAAGAUGAGGAGCGGUCUAUACUUCUAAAAGAGAUGGAGGUAUUCAAAAGCUUUACGAGCCAAAUGCAAAAUGGUGGACGAGGCAACAUGGGAGCAGGGUGAUGGUGGCUCAAAUAUAUGGUACGUAGUUUGAGAAUAUCACUUUUAGAAUUUACGUUGAU